GAAUUCUUCGUUUGACUUCUCCAGAACCAUUACUUACUACGACCUUCGAUGCAUAUGUCCCGGAAGGAUCCGUAGAAUCCAAAAAACACCUGAUAUCUACUGCGCAACUCCAUGUCCGCCUCUCAGCCACGCCCCAAGCGAGCGGGUGAAGACUUCACCCGCACCCACCACCAAGAAGAUGACGACGUGAACGGUGCCUCCAAGAAGCCUCGCUUCGAUUUACGAAAUCCCUCCGCCCUUGCCCCCGAUGCGCUCGAAGAUGAUGCAGUUUUGGACGCAGACGAAAUAGGACGCCGUGGACAACAAGUUCGCCGCAAAGCUGUCAACCUUGACGGUUACGACUCGGACAGUGAAAAUGAAGGAUUUUCGGCGCGCAUCGAGGCCAAGUCGAAAGCAAGCAAAGAGAAGCACGAUGCGGAAGAUGACGAUAUGUUUGCCGAGUUGCAGGAGGACUUUGGUGCAGAAGAAGUCGACGCCGAUGAGGCCAUGCGCAAGAACAAGAAAACGGUACGAUUCCUACGAGACGACGAGAUCGAGGGCCAAGUCGCGUCAUCCAAAGGCGGAGGCACUGUACAUGCGGAUUUCAGCAAAGGCGCCGACGAGGUCGACAAUGAAGAAGACGAGAGCGAAAGCGAGGUUGGAGAUGAGGAGCGCGCAAAACUCGAUGAGGAGUUGGAUGAGGAGCUUGGCGCUGGCGCGAAGAAAAAGCAUGCGCCCGUACUGGACGCGUUUAACAUGCGCACUGAACAAGAGGAGGGCAGGUUCGACGAUCAAGGCAACUACAUCAGGAAAGCAGCAGACCCGGAUGCGGUCUAUGACAGCUGGUUAGAAGGCGUGUCAAAGAAGGAUAUCCGUCGCGCCAAAGAGGCUGCAGAGAAGCGAGAGGAGGAGAGAAAGGAAAAGGAUAGGCAAGAUGAUAGUGUAUUGACAUCAGACGCCCUGAAGACCAUUAUCUCACACCUCGACCGAGGCGAGACGAUCCUGGAAGCGCUGGCAAGGAUCGGCAAGGGAGCUCCAAAGAAACCUAAAUGGCAGGCGAAUCGCAACAAGAAUCGGAAAAAGCAAGAAACUGCGAACGAGGACACCGAGAUGGCCGAAGAGGAUCCCAAGGAAACGGCUAGGAAGCAAGCAAUUGAUGCUAUCACAGGCGCAGCCGAUAUUCUCAUGACGAGAGGGCAGGCGGAUAUCUACGACACUGAACGCGAGAUGCUCACUAGGCAAUACCGCCGUGAAACGGGGGAGGACUGGGUUGACCCGUCUCCUGGGGACUCAGGGCCCAGUGAAGGAGCUCCUGCGAUGUGGGAGUUUCGGUGGGCGGACGCCCGUGAUGGCGGCGUCACACAUGGUCCAUACGAUAGUGCGACGAUGGAGUCAUGGAAGAAUGCGGGCUACUUUGGCGAAGGUGUCGAAUUCCGAAGGACAGACACCGGUCAGUGGCAGAAAGAAGCAACAUUUGCAUAAACAUCGUACAAACUUACGUCUACUGGCAUUUACGAAUACCAUAUGCUGGGAAACAUUAAUUGCAUCAUUAUCAUUCGAGCCUAGGCUCUUUGUUCAAAGUUGAGACCCAAAUAUCGCAGUACCCACAGCAGAUGUGUUUUGAAAAAGCGCCAGCAUUAUCAUACACCAAGCAAUUCAU